AUGGAUGUCCUGGUUCCAUUUCUGCAGCUGCUGGUACUACUCCUGACUCUACCUCUGCACCUACUGGCUCUGCUGGGCUUCUGGCAACCUAUAUGCAAAACCUAUUUCCCCUACUUAAUGGCCACACUAACAGCCAGGUCCUACAAAAAGAUAGAAGGCAAGAAACGGGAACUAUUUAGUCAGAUAAAAGAUCUUAAGGGGACUUCUGGCAACGUGGCCCUGCUGGAGCUGGGCUGUGGCACUGGUGCCAACUUCCAGUUCUACCCAGCCGGCUGCAAGGUCACCUGUGUGGACCCAAACCCCAACUUUGAGAAGUUCCUGACAAAGAGCAUGGCUGAGAACAGGCACCUCCAAUACGAGCGCUUCAUCGUGGCUUAUGGAGAGAACAUGAAACAACUGGCUGACAACUCCAUGGAUGUGGUGGUCUGUACCCUGGUGUUAUGUUCUGUGCAGAGCCCCAAAAAGGUCCUACAGGAAGUCCAAAGAGUCCUGAGGCCGGGAGGCCUGCUGUUCUUCUGGGAGCAUGUGGCUGAGCCUCAGGGAAGCAAGGCCUUCCUGUGGCAGCGAGUUUUAGAGCCUACCUGGAAACACAUCGGAGAUGGCUGCCACCUCACCAGAGAGACCUGGAAAGACAUUGAGAAGGCACAGUUCUCUGAAGUCCAACUGGAAUGGCAGCCCCCUCCUUUCAAAUGGUUGCCUGUUGGGCCCCACAUCAUGGGAAAAGCUGUGAAAUAA